AAGCAGAGCCAGGAUCCCCCGACCCAGAGUCAGAUAUCUCAACACAGCGCCGAAAAGAGCUUUUCUAAGAGAACACAUCUGCAUCAGUCAUGAUCUUAUUCCUCAUGGUUUAAUAAUUUUUGACUCAUCUCGCUCAGACGUUUUCAUUCUGGAUGCGACUUUUUUUCUUCUCCUGUGUGAAAUCGAAACAGCUGUUUUUCAACUAAGCUUUUUUUUUUACUUUGUUAUUUCUCAUUCUGGUUGUUUGUCUGCGGUGACAAAGCGAAGUGAGGAUCCUGAGCAACAGCUGGGGAAUAUAUAUAAACUCCGCUAUAUGGAUAAAGAAUCGCUCCCAUCUCCAGCUGUACUCAGAGUUUGAUCUCAGGCGUUGCUCUCUGCCCAAAGACGAAGAUGAAAUCUGCUGAAGAGGAUGCAUAUGGCUACACGCCAAAUGUCAGUCUCUCCCUCCCACUGGGCAACCCUUGUCUUCCCUCCCAGUACCACAGCCUCCAGUCCAGCCCCACCAUAUCUGUCUCCGUCACCGAGCCUCACAGUUACGACACCCAGGAUGACAUGAGGGUGGCCGGCUACUAUUCAUCCUCAAGCGUCCGCCCAAACGGAGCGCCGACCCUGGAGAGCCCUCGUAUCGAGAUCACAGCUUACGGUCAGUUUCCUGAGGAUGAGGUGGAGGAGAGCAGCCUUCCUGUGGCCAAGCGAGUCAACUCCAUAGUGACACUCACCCUCCCCAGUGCAGAGGGUUACCGGGACCCCAGCUGCCUGAGUCCAGCCAGCAGCAUCUCAUCUCGCAGCUGCCACUCUGAUGCUUCCUCCUAUGAGUCAGGCUUCUCCUACAACUGCGACAACUCGCCCCAGAACUCCCCUUGGCAGUCUCCCUCUGUGUCCCCCAAGGGCUCCACCCUCACCCUGCCAGGUGAUGGCUGUGCCUCUGGUGGCUCCCCACGUCACUCCCCCUCCACCUCUCCCCGCACAAGUGUAACAGAUGACACCUGGAUUGGUCAGCGUGGCUCCAGGCCAAACUCUCCUUGUGGUGCAAAAAGGAAGUACAGCUUCAAUGGCAGCGGGGCGUCGCACAAGCACUACACCUACUCUCCCAACCACUCCCCAGGACCGUCCCCACAGACCUCCCCUCGCCUCAGUGUCACAGAGGAGACCUGGCUUCCAAACACCAACCAGUACACCAAUUCAGCCAUCCUGGCAGCCAUUAAUGCCUUGACCACAGACGGAGUGGCUGAUCUCGGGGAGGGAAUCCCCACGAAGGCCCGGAAAACCAGCCUGGAGCACAGCCCCACAGUCAGCCUGAAGGUGGAGCCAGGGGGUGAAGAGCUGAGUCCAGGGCAGCUCUGUGAGGACGAGCACCCCUCCAACCGCCUGUUGUUGAAGAAGGAAGGCUACUGUGGGGGGUUUCUGGAUGUGCCACAGCACCCAUAUUCUUGGUCCAAGCCAAAGCAAUAUGUGAGCCCGUCCCUGCCAGCUCUCGACUGGCAGCUGCCAUCCAGCUCGGGGCCGUACAGCCUGCAGAUUGAGGUGCAGCCCAAGUCCCACCACCGAGCCCACUACGAGACAGAGGGCAGCAGGGGAGCGGUAAAGGCCCUGGCAGGAGGACACCCAGUCAUUCAGCUCCACGGCUACAUGGAGAGCGAGCCUCUCACCCUGCAGCUGUUCAUUGGCACAGCUGACGACAGGCUGCUGAGGCCCCAUGCCUUCUACCAGGUCCACCGCAUCACUGGGAAGACGGUGUCCACCCCGAGCCACGAGGCUUUGCACAACAACACCAAGGUGUUGGAGAUCCCACUGCUGCCAGAGAACAACAUGCGGGCCAUAAUCGACUGCGCGGGGAUCUUGAAGCUGCGUAAUUCAGACAUUGAGCUGAGGAAGGGGGAGACAGACAUCGGGCGUAAGAACACACGUGUGCGGAUGGUUUUCAGAAUUCACAUCAACCAGGCCACAGGGAGGACGGUGUCCCUGCAAGUCGCAUCCAAUCCCAUUGAGUGCUCCCAGAGAUCGGCCCAGGAGCUGCCGCUGGUGGAUAAGCAGAGCUUGGAGACGUGUCCCGCCCCCGGAGGGGAGAGGAUGCUCCUCGAGGGACACAACUUCCAGCACGACUCCAAGGUGGUGUUCGUGGAAAAGGCUCAAGACGGUCACCACCUCUGGGAGACUGAGGCCAAGGUUGAGAGAGACGCCUCAAAGCCUAAUUCGCUCCUCGUUGAAAUUCCUCCAUAUCGGAACCAAAGACUCUCCACUCCGGUCCAUGUGAACUUCUACGUCUGCAACGGCAAGAGGAAAAGAAGCCAGUACCAGCGUUUCACCUUUGUCCCUGCCUGUGUUCCAACAAUAAAGACGGAGCCGCACGACGACUACGACGCUCCGCUGGUGUGCGCUCAGCACACUUCCACCCUGUCCUUGCACCCGAAGCCAUACUUCCCCCCACAGGUCAUGACCCCGAUGAUGACCUCUGACCUCAGGCCGUGUGUUGUUGGCGGGGCUUACCCUGUCAGCCAGCAGAGACUGACAGCCAAGCCUUCCUCGCUGCCUUCCUCUUCCUCUCCGAGCACCAGCCCCAAACUGCACGACCUGUCGCCACCACCUUUCUCCAAGUGCCUCCCUGCUGGCUCAGCAGUCCCACACCAGGGUCCCCAGUCACCGAUCCCUCACGUCUCCAUCAUACAGGAGACUCCCGGGCGCUACCAGUUGCCCAGCCUCUACCCUCCCAGCAGCUCCUCCUCCUCCCCGACUUCGCAGCCCUCCACCCCGACUGACGCUCCCUUCUCUCCAACCCACUGCAUGACACCAGCCCAGCCGGUCAGCGGCAGCACCAGCCCAGGUGCCCAGCAGCACGCCAAAGUGCCAGAAAGAGGGCGACCCUCCCUGCAGGAGGACGGCAGCCCCCCGACGCUGGCCGUCAGCAUCAAACAAGAACCACAGGAGCUGGACCAGAUGUACCUUGACGAUGUCAAUGAGAUCAUCAGGAACGACCUGUCAAGCAUCUCCGUCCACAGCCACGCAUAGUUUCCCGUUACCCACAAAACUGCAAACUGACACAGGAAGCAACAACAAAAAAAAAAAGAAAGGGAAACACCUAACAAAGUCGACUCUAUGCUUGGACUACAGCGUGCAAGAAACAGCAAAAGGAAAUGCAAGAACAAAUGUAAAUG